AUGAACCUCACCUCCCAACUCCUGGACCUCAUGCUGGAGGCUUCCAACCUCUCUCGCUGGAAGUUCAUCCAGGAAUAUUCCAUCCCUCCUCUGGUGGCAGUGCCCAGACUCCCUAGUUCCUUGCUUCCAGUGUUUGGCAUGCUCUACGUGCUCAUCUUUGGGCUUGCAGUGGUGGGCAACGGGGCCGUGCUGGUCCUCUUAUGUCGGAGGAAGGCUCUGCAGUCUCCAAGCACAUUCUUCAUUUGCUCUCUGGCACUCAGUGACCUCCUGAUCUCCAUUGUAUGUGUUCCUGCAACAAUGCUGCAACACUUCUUCACCAACUGGUUGGCAGGGGAUUUUCUGUGCAAGCUAAUACCAUUCCUACAAGUGACAGCGAUUGCAACCAGCAUGCUUACCAUGACAUGUAUUGCUGUGGAGCGUUUCCUGGGAAUCCUUUAUCCUCUGCAAGUCCGCAACAGCUACUUCCUUAGCCAUGCCUUCAAGAUGCUGGUGGCUGUGUGGCUGGUUGCCCUGGCAAUUGCAGCUCCCAUGUGGUUUGUCCAGAAAGUGGAGGUCAAAUAUGACUUCCUGUUCGAUGUCCACCAUACAUGUUGCUUGGAAGUAUGGCCAAGCCAUCAGCAGAGGAGAGCCUACACUACCUGCCUGUCAGUUCUGUUUUUCAUGGCCCCGUUGGCGACCAUAGCCUUUCUGUACUGGAAGAUCAUGAGAGAACUUUGGGGCAAGCACAAAGUACAUGACGUCAUGUUUCAAACUCUCCCGGGAUCUGAAAUCAACAAGAUUACCAGGAGAAAAAAACGUGCGGUAAGAAUGAUGGCCACCGUGGUGGUGCUCUUUGCUUCCUGCUGGGCGCCUUUCCACCUGGUCUCCCUCCUGCUUGACUACGGCCAGCUAGACCUCGAUCUAGACUCCGAAUUUCUCCUGGUCAGUUUGGUUCAGAUUCUUGGAUUUAGCAAUUCGGUUUGCAACCCAGUGGUUUAUGCUGCCCUCAACACCACCUUCAAGAGGGACUUGCUAGCUCUGCUUACCAGAGGAUGGUGCUCCAGCAGAGGUUGCUGCUUUUGCCGGGUUUCCUGUUGGUCCUGGAGGACUCACAAGCAAGUGGGCAUCUCAGCAGUGGAGUCAGUUGAGCCCAGAUGGGGCCUGGAUAGGACAAGUGGAAAAGGAGUCAUUAGAUCAUGGAGUAAAUUGGCAUGGGAGCUGGAACCAGAGAGGCCUACAACCAACUUGUUCCCCCACAUGAACCUGCUUAGCACAAUCAGACACAAAACAACCUCCAGUACUAUGAUACUAAGUGUUAUUGACCCACCACAUACAGACAGCACCUCUAGAUCUGACCACCCUUUAACAGGGAUGCUGGAUGUAUGA